AAAAAGCGUUAACCACGUGGUCACGUGGGUAGGAUUUAAAUAAGUAUAUCUAGCUAUAUUAUUUAUAGAAGAUGAAAAUUAAUGGCUCAACUAUUUUAGUUGGAGAUAAAGUGGUGCUGGUUCCUUACAGAGAAGAACAUGUACCAAAGUAUCAUGAUUGGAUGCAGUCCCCAGAACUGCUUGAACAAACAGCAUCAGAGAGACUAACACUAUCUCAGGAGUAUGAUAUGCAGAGAAGCUGGUACGAAGAUGAACACAAGUGUACAUUUCUAAUAUUGGACAAAAGAAAAUGGAUGGACACGGAACAAAAUGAAAUUGACAGCAUGGUUGGUGAUGUCAAUCUAUUCUUCAAUGAUAACGAUGAACCGAAUACUGCUGAAAUUGAAAUUAUGAUAGCAGAACAUUCCUGUAGAAGAAAAGGCUUUGGAAAAGAAGCUGUAUACAUAAUGAUGCAUUAUGGCAUAACAAAUCUUAAGAUCGAUAAAUUCAGAGCCAAGAUUGGAUGCAAAAACAAGGCUAGUCUCAAUCUUUUUAAUAAUAUGGGAUUUCGUACAGUAUCAACUAGCGAGGUUUUUCAAGAAAGCACACUAGAACUCCAUGUCACGGACUCUUUCCGACAAAAACUGACCAGUGUAACUGAUUGCGUGACACAGUACCAGUAUCCGUACAAUGUGUCGUCAUGAAAUAUUUGCUGGGAUCAUGCAGGCCCGUCGCUAGGACCGUGAUGCAUAAUUUACAGGCAGUAAUCACGUGUAUCAGUAACAAUCAAAGAGCCGUUAUUUCUUAUUGCGCAUGCUCGACGAGCAAGUAAAGCCCCGUUUACCCUGGCGAUUUUUGCGGCGAUUCUUGCUGCAUUUUUUGUGGCAAUUUUCGGAAAUAUGAUGAGAUCUUUUGUCUCAUCCUUCAAA